UAAGUCGAUAAAUUUGCAAAUCUCAGCGCUAGUCUCAAACCAAUAUCGUAUUUCUGAGAGAGAGAAGAUGAACCAUAACCAAAACCAGAACCAGAACCAGCAAUCGAGCGAAGGCAGCAGGCACGAUGACGACGCGGCACUCACAGAAUUUCUUGCUUCCUUAAUGGACUAUACCCCCACUAUACCCGACGAGCUUGUGGAGCACUACUUGGCCAAAAGCGGCUUUCAAUGCCCCGACGUUCGAUUGCAAUGCAAAGCAAGACAAGCUUCUGUAGUCAAAGACAAAAGGGACAAACAACAAAAGGAUAAGCGCCUAAUAUUGACGAUGGAAGACCUUUCAAGGGCGUUGCGUGAGUAUGGUGUUAAUGUGAAGCACCAAGAAUAUUUCGCUGACAGCCCUUCAACCGGGUUGGAUCCUGCAUCAAGAGAAGAAUGAUUUGAAUUGUAUUUCUGUUAUUCCAUUUUCAGCUUGUGUGGGGUUAUAACUAAUAUCAAUGGUGCUAGAUGACUAGGUGAUGCUCAAUCACUCUUUCUUCUGCUUUUAUGUAUGCACUUUCAAUUUUUUCAGACUGAAGGUAUAUUUCUUGAUAUGAAGUAGUUAAGUUGUACAUCGAUGGAAUUAUACAGUAAAAAGACUGCAUAUCUGAUUA